CCUCCUUAUCCAGCCGCAGGUUCCUUUCCAACCACACGUUUCUCCCCUCUCCCUUUUGCUCUAUCCCAUGGGAUUUGGUCCGCCAUGGAUGACCUCUAUGAGCUCCCUCAAAUGAAUUCUCAGGAAAAUAAAGGGUGUUGCUACCGGCUGGGGGCAGUCCCGCAGCUGCAAGAGGACAACCGUCGCCGCUGCAGCAUGAGCUGCUGCAUAGACCAGCGACAGAGUGGCUGAUUUGUACGAGAGUGCGGCGGUGCUGCGAGGUGGUCCAGCUACUGCAAGCCCGACGGCGGACCAGAUGCUCGGCGAUGCUGCAACGAAGGCUGCGAUGGCGUCUCGGCUGCGACGGCGUGCUACGACCACCCGUCGGUGGAGCGCUGAUGCUGCUAGCCCUGACAUCGUCUUGCGUGAGGGCUCCCGGUGCUGCCACGGGCGGCUCCCCUGCUACGAAGCAUCGCCGGUUGCUGCUAUGGUCAUUGGGAAUCUGUGACCUGUCAUGGUGCGACGCCGCUCGCCGGGAGCAUCCGGUGCUGCGAGGCCGCUUGCCGGCGGGAGCGUUGGUGCUCGUCGGAAGCAUCGGUGCUGCGAGGCCGCUCGGCGGUGGGAGCGCCGGUGCUCGCCUGAAGCAUACGAUGCUGCGAGGCCACUUGCUGGCGGGAGCGUCGGUGCUGCCAGGCUGCUCGCCGGAAGCAUCGGGUGUUGCGAGGGCCGCCGGCGAUGCUCGGAGGCGAUGUCACGAGGGAGUGUCAGAGCUGCUAUGCUGCUAGGAGUGGUGCUGCGACGCACUGUGAAGAAAAGGACGUCUGAUGCCUGCGUGUCGCGUGCGCAAAGAAAGCACAGUGCAGAAGAAGAGAGAAGGGAUCGAAAAGAAAGCAGUGUGCAGAAGAAGAGAGAAGGGAUCGAACGGCCGCGCUCGAGCGCAUCAGACGACUGUAGGUGGCUGUUAUCUCGCCUCCUACAUCCGGAUGGCGCCUAGCACGCGCCUUAACUUAUCCGUAUUUUAGUUGGAUAAUCUACACAAGAUUUUGAUUUUAGGCUGUUAUAGUAGAUUGAUGUUAAAAACGGCUGUUACAAUAGAAAUUGGAUUUUCUCUAA